AUGGACUCAAAAGAAGCUGCACGAGCCGCCCUGGAGCAGAUUGAAUGUGAUGACGAAACUGCGUUUGGCACUGACUUUGCUACUCGAAUAAAGGCGCAGAGGGCACUGGGUUGGCGUCGUCUAGGACCUCUUGGCAAAGUCCACAAUAUUUCAGUCCACAUGCGGGAGAACGAUUACCGGUGGACUCAGUUCAAGAAGAGGGCCGGCAGAUCGCUGGGCUUAGACAACGAUACGCGCUGGAACUCAUGGUUCAUGCUUCUAGACGUUGCCCUUAACCUCCAGGAGCACGUGGAGUGGUAUCAAAGAAAGCAUUAUGAGAACCUUCAGGACGAUUAUCUCGCCCCCAAUGAGUGGGAUAUCCUGAGGGAGACGCGUGCUUUUCUUCAACCAUUCUGGAAGAUAACGCAACUCACAGAGGGUCGCUACGCCACUCUUGAUCGCACGCUUUUCACGAUGGAUGUUCUUCACAGGCAUUACACACAGGCUUUCCAAAAGUAUCACGACAACCCCCCACUCCGCAGCUGCAUAGCUGCCUCUUGGGCUGUGUUCGACAAGUAUUACCAGCUCACGGAUGAGAACCCUGCCUAUGGCGCAGCUAUGCUUCUUCACCCAUCACGUCGUAUGGCUCAUGUGCAGAAAAACUGGCCCAAGUCGUGGCACAGACCGGUUCUUGAUGCCGUGAUGAAGUACUGGGAGGACCACUACCAGAAGUUGCCGAUAACUACUACGACGCCCGAGCUACGAGAUAAGUUGCAGCCGCCCGAUGAGUACGAUCUUCUAGCUCGGGAGCUCGAUGUUAUCAGCCCCGCGUUAAAUAAACUCGACGAAUACCAAUCCUUCGUCACGCAAACGCCUGUUGCCAUCGACUGUUCGCCGCUUGACUGGUGGCUCCGAGAGGAACAGCAACAGAGAUACCCCCGUCUCUCCAGAAUGGCCGUCGAUAUUCUAUCCGUACCGGCUAUGUCUGCCGAACCAGAACGCGUCUUUUCAGGCGCAAGACGGACAAUAUCUUGGGAUCGAUGUCAGCUAGGAAGUCGUACAGUUGAGAGGGGGGAGUGCAUGAAGAGUUGGAUUAAAAGCGGCAUCACCAAAGGAGUUCCGGUAGACUUGGUGGAAGAGGAGGUAGAGAGUACUGGCUCAGUAAAACAACGAGAAUCCACAACAGAUUCAUAUUAG